CAUCAGUGCAGUGUCAGUCAGUGCAAAACAACAACCGGUGGUUAUAUUUUUAGAAUUUUCUAGAUCGAACAGGAAGCAAUGACUAAGAGUGCAGAAGGAAAGGUAUUAAACUUCGACCAUCUUAUAUUUUGGGUGGCAAAUGCGAAAACGGCAUCCAGUUAUUUCAUCACGAGAUUUGGCUUUAAGCCGUUGGCUACACGUGAACCAACCGAAGAAAGGCCAGUGUUAUCCUAUGCUGUUAAACUCAAUAAAGUCACCAUAGUAUUUGAGUCACCAACGACCGUCGGGGGCGAGAUCGCAAAAGAUCUAGCAGCACACGGGGACUUCGUGAAAGAUGUGGCCUUCGAGGUCCAGAACUUGGAUGAGCUGGUACGCAGAGCUAAGAAAGGGGGCGCUGAAGUAAUCAAGGACAUCAGCGUGGAAAAAGACGAAAGCGGCUCAGUACGGUAUGCUGUUUUGAGAACGUACGGUGACAAUACUCAUACAUUGAUUGACCGCACCAAAUAUAAAGGAAUUUUACGGCCUGGAUUCAAACCGGUUAAAGAAGAUACAAUUAAUGAAUUAUUACCCGAUACGAACCUUAUGUACAUCGAUCACGUAGAAGGAAACAUGGCGGAUGGUACUCUCCAGGACUCUGUUUCGUGGUACGAGACUAACCUCAACAUGCACAGAUUCUGGUGUGUGGACUACAGUCAUGACUUGGUUCCUUACGCCUGCAUCAACUCGGCCUCUGUCAUCAAUCAAGAUGAAACUGUACUUCUGUCCAUGAACGAAGCGGCGAAGGGACUGCGCCCCACCAGCAAAGCAAGCGAAUUCGUCAAGGCAUUGGGCUCUUCAGGAGUGGAGCACGUCGCUCUGUAUACUGACGAUAUUGUAGCAUCGAUGCGUAACCUGAAAGCGCGUGGUGCCGAUAUCUUAACCUGGCCUCCGACUUACUACGACCUAAUAAGGGAGAAGCUGAAAGACAGUCCCGUGAGGGUAGCAGAAGGCAUUGAUGCACUACAAGCGAAUAACAUCCUGAUAGACUUCGACGAGAGAGGAUAUAUGUUGCAAGCGUUCACGAAACACGUACAAGCAAGACCAACGCUCUUCAUCGAGAUAUUGCAGAGAAGAAAUCACAGGGGUUUUGGCGCCAUGAACUAUAAAUGGGUUUUCGAAGCGAUCGAGCGCUUGGAUUCUACUGCAGAUAAAGAAAUUGAAGAAAAAAUGAAAAAUACCAAUUUAAACAGUAAAGCAUGACAAAUGGCAACGUAUAAAAAUAUGUAUAUGAACGUUAAUUGUGUGGUUAAAUUGAAAUAAAAUUAAUCUGUAUCAUUCAGGGAACAAUAAAGUUUUC